UUUUUCCUGCAAAAACCUCUACAACAGUGUAAGUGUUUGAUAAUGCACAUUUAAACAGAAAUAUAUUUAUAAUAUUUAAAACGUAUGAACUAUAGUUAAAUAAAUAACUUUUUUAAUAAGUAGUACAAAUAUUAUUUCAGAUUCUGAGAAAGCCGAAUGCUUUGUAGAGGCUGAAUCUUAAAGUCAUUUUGCUUGUAAUUCACCUACAGUAUUUGUUGUUGUUUUGUUUGUUUGUUUGUUUGUUUGUUUGUUUGUUUGUUUGUGCAGGAUGCUCCCAGACCGAUGGCCCCUCGGGCGAAUGUUAAGCCCAAGUGUAAGAUCUCAGCCUCGAGGAAACUCUCACUGAAGAUCCUGCUCCUGCAGAGGGCGAUGGAUGAUUUGGAGCAGGAGAAAAACACACGUAAUGAGGAGAAGGUGCGCUACCUGGGCGAGAAACUCCCAUCUCUGCAGUUUUCCGGUCUCGCCAUGGACGAGCUCCAGAAACUAUGUCGACAGCUUCAUGCUAAAAUCGACGUGGUGGAUGAGGAGAGAUACGACUUUGAAGCUAAAGUCAACAAGAACAAUAAAGAAAUUCACGAGUUGAAGCUGAAGGUGCAGGAUCUCGGGGGUAAAUUUAAGAAACCGGCUCUGAGGAAGGUUCGAGUGUCGGCUGAUGAGAUGAUGAGAGCUUUACUCGGCUCCAAACACAAAGGCUCCAUGGACCUCAGAGCUAACCUCAAGUCUGUCAAGAAAGAGGACAUUAAACAGGAGAAGGUGCUGACCAGCGAGGUGGGAGACUGGCGUAAGAACGUGGAGGCCAUGUCGGGGAUGGAAGGCAGGAAGAAGAUGUUCGAUGCUGCUGGUGGAGGACAGUGAACAGGACAUUACUGUAUAUAAACUCUGUGUGUGUGUGUGUGUGUGUGUGUGUGUGUGUGUGUGUUCAACACUGAGGAAAAUUCUGAAAGUAAAAUUAUUUGUUACAUUAGUGUUAUGUGGUGUGUGUUAUGAUCGACCACGCCCCGCAUCAUCUCACUGCAAUUUUUAUGGCUGGAUUUUAUGAUAACAUCCAAAAUAUAAACAUUUUUUUAAAAAUUC